AUGCCUUUGGCUGCCCUCAAUUACUCGUCAGACGAGGAGGAAAUAUCAAAAAGCGUCGCGACCGAUGCUUUUGGUCUCACUUCCUUGCCGGCCUCCAAGAAACCUCGAGUUGAUGACGGUCCUUCAACAUCGCAGGCAACAGCGGCACCAGAUGUUCUCUCGGAGGACCCCUUGAAUCUCAAAACGCUCGUUACGAGACCAACAGACACGCAAAUGAAUGUCAAUAUUCCGUACGAAGACAUGAUGCUCCCUUUACAGGGUCCAGAAAACCCGUUUGCAGACCGAAACCGUUUCCUCAACCAAAAUGCGCUUGCUGGCCAUGUCGAAGAGCAAUCCAUGACUGACCAUGCCUUCCGAACACAACAUCUCACCCAUGCAAUCCUCGGCUACUCCGCCAAUCCUUCUAUGGACCCCAACGCACCUGCUGUCGUUGGUUCAUUAGAGAAGGCGCAGGCCAAUAACUUUGCAACCCUCGAUGCACUUCGUACUAGCCGGAAGGAAAAGAAAGAGUUGAAGAGGAAACGAAAGAAUCGGGGUGACUUGGACGUUGUUGAAGGCGAGGGUGCCUAUGUGGGGCCUUGGGCUCAGUGGGAAGGCGAGGAGCCGCAACAACACUUCUUGGCUGGCGUGGAGGCGACUGAAGGGGAUGAAGAGGAGGAGAGUGAAGAGGAAGAACCCCGUGCUGUUGUCCGGAAAGCGAAGCCGAAGCUCGGUGCCCCAGGCCAGGAAACCUCUGUGUUCCAUGGCAAGUCUAUGACAGAUUACCAAGGCAGGACGUACAUGUCGCCUCCCGUGGCAGAGGCGCCCCACCUUCUUCACGAAGCCGGAUCCCAGGAAUGCUUCAUUCCAAAGGUGUGCGUGCACACUUGGACCGGACAUACCCAAGGAGUAUCUGUCAUUAGGACUUUCCCUCAGACUGGUCACCUUAUGAUCAGUGGCUCUAUGGACACCAAAAUCAAACUUUGGGACGUUUACACUCAUGGGAAUUGCUUGCGCACAUUCCACGGCCAUGUCAAAGCUGUGAAGGACAUCUGCUUCUCCAACGAUGGACGGAAAUUCUUGUCAUGUGCCUACGACCGGACCAUGAAGCUUUGGGAUACGGAAACCGGUCAGUGUCUGCAACGGUUCGGAAAUGGCAAGACACCAUACGUCGUCAAAUUCCAUCCCGACGAGGAUAAGCAGCACAUCUUCCUGGCGGGAAUGUCAGACAAGAAGAUCAUCCAGUAUGAUAUGAACUCUGGGGAAAUCACUCAAGAAUACGACCAACAUCUAGGCCCUGUUAAUACGAUCACCUUCGUCGACGAAAAUCGGCGGUUCGUGACGACUUCCGACGACAAGACGAUUCGUGCAUGGGACUUCGACAUCCCUGUUGUGAUCAAAUACAUUGCCGAGCCUCACAUGCACUCCAUGCCUGCUGUUACACUACAUCCUUCUAAUAAAUACUUCGCGGCCCAAUCGUUGGAUAAUCAGAUCCUCGUCUACAGCACAGACAAUUUCCGUCAAAAUCGAAAGAAGCGCUUUGCUGGACAUUCCGUCGCCGGUUAUGCUUGUCAAGUCGGGUUCUCUCCUGACGGGAAAUGGAUAAGCAGCGGGGACGGAGAGGGUAACGUUGUAUUCUGGGACUGGAAGACAGGUCGUAUCAAGUCACGUCUGAAGGCUCACUCGAAACCUGUGAUUGCGCACGAAUGGCUUCCCCAUGAAACUUCGAAAGUCAUCACUGCAUCAUGGGAUGGUCUCAUUAAACUUUGGAUGCCUUUGUGGAGAUCUGUGACGACUGGCAGGAACGCCCUAUAG